AUGCAGCUGAAGGACCUGGAGACGCAGCCCGGCGGGGUGGAUUUGAUGCCGGGCGUUCGACAAGGCGAGCGGCGGGCGCACACCGCGAUUGCGAGGGAGAGGCCGCAGCGCGGUCUGCUUCAUCAUCUCAUCCUCGGCCCAGGUGGGGCAGCGACGAUGGCAGGCGCCUGCGAGAUCCUUCUUUUUCAUCCUUUUGAUACCAUAGCGAAGCGGCUGAUGUCGUACCGCCACCACGUUGUCGAGCCUGGAUCGAUCCGACAUACAAUGCAUAAUGUCAAUCACGUGGUGUUUGGCGGUCUGGAGGAUAAGGCGCGCGCGGACCCCGCUUUUCUGAUCACGCCAUGGAGGCGAAUGAAGUUUCUCUACCCAGGCAGCACUUACGCGGUCUUAUAUAAGAUUUUUCAGCGCGUGAUUAAGUUUGCCGGACAGCCUUUUAUGCGAGACUUUCUGUACAACCACUACAGCUUUUCCUUUUUCAAAGGUGAUCCGACGACGAAUAAAGGGUACGUUCGGGAUGGGAAAGGUCUCAUGAUGCUGGAGGCGACGGCAGGGUGCUUUGUAGGUAUUUUCGAGAUCGUACUCCUUCCUUUUGAUCGAAUGAAGGUUUUAAAUCAAACUAACAUAUCCACGCUCCAAGGCCGAGGUAUUUUUUCCGUUAUUCGUCGUGAAGGCCUGAAAAAGUUAUAUGUGGGUACGUCCACAACGGUGGUGCGGAACGCGACCGGUUCUUUUCUUCUUUUUGGUUGUACCGCCUUUGCAAAGGAACACGUCUUUAAAUUGAGCGAUUAUCGAGAGGCAACGGUAAUGCAGAACAUCGCAUCAUCAACUUUCGGUGGGUGUGUGGGUGUUUUGUUUACUUCUCCAAUAGACGUGAUAAAAACUCGACAACAGAGCCAGAGGCUUAAUGAUUCGUUAUCAGGGUUACAGAUUCUGAGAAAAACACUGCAUGAAGAGGGCAUAUCGGCUUUAUACAAAGGUAUCGCUCCAAAGAUUAUAACGUCUGCUCCUCGUCUGGUGUUUUCUUAUACCAUGACGGAGUACCUUACCAAACUUUUGCGCAGAAAUUCGUUCUUCAAAAAUAAUCAUUAA